GGUAAUUUGCGACAGAGUCCAUGUCAAUCUGAUGAACAAUGAAUGGAAGCUCCAACGUAUUUUGUCCAUCUUUUAAUCGGAAAAAGUGAAAAACCCAUCAAAUUUCCACGCACAACUUCACCAGUUGAGACAGGAAGUGAGGAUUGAGAACUGCAAUCAAUCAAUCAAUCAGCAUGGAACCUUGUCCAGUUGUUUCGUCAUACAAAGGUUGAUUAUCAACAUAGAUUGUAUACUUUGUUGGUGUAUACAAGAUAUUGAGUUUGUGUGGGAGUGGCAACUAGUAGAGUUGUUGAUAAAUAAUUGCUCAAUGGCGGAAAUGAUAGGACCGAGGUUGUACAGUUGCUGCAAUUGCAGAAACCAAAUUGCCCUUCACGAUGAUGUUAUAUCCAAGUCCUUUCAGGGGAGAAACGGUCGGGCCAUUUUGUUCUCCCAUGCGAUGAACAUAAUGAUUGGUCCUAAAGAGGAUAGACAAUUGAUGACCGGUCUUCACACGGUUGCUGAUGUCUACUGCUGUGAUUGCCGUGAGGUGUUGGGCUGGAAAUACGAGCGAGCUUUCGAGGAAACACAGAAGUACAAGGAAGGGAAAUUCAUUCUUGAGAAGUCAAAAAUUGUCAUAGAGAACUGGUAGUGUUACCCAUUUUUUCUUUUCUGGACGAGUCUCCUGAUUAUCUACCUACUAGAUGAAUGCCUUUCAAUGUUUUUCUUCCGAAUCAAAAAAUAUUUUUAUGCAUUGUUCCUCCCUGUGCAUUCUUGUUAUGUUCCUUGACGGUAUGUUAUUCAUUUUGUUAUUAAAUUUGUGAAUGAAUGAUUUGAAACUGGAUUUUA